GAACAAGAUAUUAAUGAAGAUUUUUAUGAGGAGCAAGAUAUUACUUCGCAAUAUAAAGAUUUUGGUGAGGAGCAAGAUGUUAUUAUUUCGCAAUAUGAAGAUUUUUAUGAGGAGCAAGAUAUUAUUUCACAAUAUAAAAAUUUCGAACAAAAAAAUUAUGAAAAUGAUAUAAUUCAAAUGAAUAAUUUACAACAUAAUAUUCAAAAAAAUAAUAUUAUACAAGAGAUAAAACAUAUUCCAACAUUAUAUUCAACAAAGCAAACUUUUCAAAAGCUAGUUGAUAUUAAACAAUUUUAUCAUCUUCGCUUUGUACUAACUAUUUAUAAACAGAUUUCUCCUUUACCACUACCUAAAAACUAUCACCCACAACAAUUUGUAGCAUUAUCAAAUUUUUAUCAAGCUAAUUUAAAUGAACCUAUUAUCGAAUUAUCAGAUUGGGGAGUAAAAUAUGCAAAAUUACGUACAAGAGAAAGUUAUAUACAUGGUUCUUUUAUGAUAAUAGUAGCAACUAAUACUCAGGAUAAUGCUUGUUAUGAGCUAGAAGUCAAUGUUGCUAGGCCAAAAGAUCCUGAGAAAUAUGAGCUUAAACAAUUUUUUGGUCAA